AUGAAUAUAAGUAAUAAUUUAAGAAUAGCAGCAAACAAUGAAUGUAUGCUAGAACAUGAAGACGUUGAAGGAUCAUAUAAUUUAAACCAUCAUAUUAUAUCAAUUUUUGUACUAUUAAUUGUAUCGUUUGUUGGUACUUGUUUUUCAAUUGUUACAACACGAGUUAAACGUCUACAUAUUAAUCCAAUUAUAAUUAAUACGGGAAAAUUUUUUGGUAGUGGAAUCAUACUAGCAACAGGUUUCAUUCAUAUGUUACCACCAGCAAUGGAAUCAUUAACUCAUCCUUGUUUACCCGAUUCGUGGAAUAAAUAUAGCGCUUAUGCCGGUCUUUUUGCUAUGUUAGCUGUACUUGUUAUGCAACUGAUUGAAUUCAUUGCUCAUGAACGAUAUUAUUACCGUGUUAAUCCAAUAUCAAAUGAUACAAAUUUAGAAUCUAAAACGAACCAACAUAUAGAAAUGAGUACUUCAGUAGAUGAAGCUGCUAAUACACCUGUAGACACUAGCAAAUCAACACAUCAUCAUCAUCAUCAUGGUGGUGCUUUUGAAGAUGAUGCUCAAACUAAUAAAAUAAGUGCAUAUUUACUUGAAUUCGGUAUAGCACUUCAUUCAGUUCUCAUUGGUGUAGCAUUGGGUACAGCAAGUGAAUCUUUCGUUGCUUUAUUUGUUGCACUAAGUUUUCAUCAAUUUUUUGAAGCAAUUGCACUUGGUGCACAAAUUGCUCGUUUAACUCAUUUGUCAUUACAGUCGAUUAUUCUUAUGAUUAUAUUUUUUGUUUUGACAACUCCCGUUGGUAUCGCUAUAGGUAUUGGUAUUCAUUCAAGAACAUACAAUCCAAAUUCAGUUGCUUCAUUACUUGUCAAUGGUAUCCUAGAUGCAAUAUCAGGUGGUAUUCUUAUUUAUGUUGCUCUUGUUAAUUUAAUUACAGCUGAAAUGGGUGCUGGUGUUCAUACAUUUCAUUCAUUAAGCAGACGAUUAAAAUUAUUAUAUUUUGUUGCAUUAUAUGCUGGUGUUGCAGCUAUGGCGAUUAUAGGAAUAUGGGCUUAA